ACUUCACAGCUUUCAAAGAAUAUUUCCCUCAUGUACUUCAAAUACAAUAACAACAGCUGAACUGCCAUGGACUUACUGUACAUGUUUAUCCCAGAAGAUGGCGUGAAGAUGACUUAAAAAUAUAUAUAUUUUUUCCCGGGCUAUUCUUCGCAGAUCUUUCAAAUGUUUAUCUUUUUGAUAGGCUAGUUCAUCAGUGGCACUACUGACUUACGGCAUUAUUUUAAUGCACCUUGGUGGACUAUUGCGUAUGAAUCACGGGCAAGAGAACACCACUACUGAACACAAAGCUUAUGAAGUGACAGGCUAAUGAAUGCAUUUCAGUCAAUGGAUUUUUAUAUUUAGCUUUCUGUGACGCUCUAUCAGCCAACUGCAAGCAGAGUCGAGAAGAACAAGCAGGACCGAAUGCGCUGUGUUGCCUGUCAUUUUGGUGUUCUCAAAGAGGAAAUCGGAGACAUUUUAAGUCAAGAAGGAAAAACUUGGAUCAUUUUGUGAGAACUCGCAUACAUGUAAUGUGGUGAGGGCGUUGUGGAAUAACGCAAAUAGGCCUAUACAAACUGGUCGGAAAAUGAUGGCCGGUGGAGCAGUUGAGCAAAACGGGAUAUUCUUGAAUCCUCUUCAUCACAAUCAACAGCCCUACAUGGAGUCAGAUCCCCCCGACUCUCGUAAACGACCACUAACUCCGACGGAGGAGGACUGUUGUACCAAGCGCACAAACACGGGAGAGGAGGGUGAGUACUUCCUGAAGGUGCUGAUCCCCAGCUAUGCAGCUGGCUCUAUAAUUGGCAAGGGUGGCCAGACCAUCGUACAGCUGCAGAAAGAGACGGGCGCCACCAUCAAGCUGUCCAAAUCCAAAGACUUCUACCCAGGAACCACAGAGCGGGUGUGUCUGAUACAGGGUACGGUCGAGGCGCUAAAUGGUGUCCACAGCUUCAUUGCGGAGAAAGUCCGCGAGAUGCCCCAGAGCGCCCAGAAAACAGAGCCAGUCAGCAUACUGCAACCGCAGACCACUGUCAACCCCGAUCGCGUCAAACAGGCUAAGUUAAUAGUGCCCAACAGCACGGCUGGGCUGAUCAUCGGUAAGGGCGGGGCCACAGUCAAGGCGGUGAUGGAGCAGUCGGGUGCCUGGGUCCAGCUGUCCCAGAAGCCUGAAGGCAUCAACCUGCAGGAGCGCGUGGUCACGAUCAGCGGGGAGCCCGAGCAGAACCGUAAAGCUGUGGAGAUCAUUGUGCAGAAGAUCCAGGAGGACCCUCAGAGCAGCAGCUGCCUCAACAUCAGUUACUCCAACAUCUCAGGCCCCGUGGCCAACUCCAACCCCACCGGUUCCCCCUACGCCAACUCGGCUGAGGUCCUUCCCAACGCCGCUGCGGCUGCUGCCACUGCCUCCAGCCUUCUAGGCCAGGCCGGCCUGGCAGGAAUGGGCGGCUUCCCGGGAACCAUGUCCAGCUUCUCUGGCAAUGACCUGCUGGCCAUCACCUCGGCCCUCAACACACUGGCCAGCUAUGGCUACAACACCAACACCCUGGGCCUGGGCCUCAACCCCGCCGCUGCCUCCGGGGUCCUCGCCGCCGUGGCUGCUAGUGCUAACCCAGCUGCUGCUGCUGCCGCUAACCUCCUGGCCUCCUAUGCCAGCGAUGCCUCUGGCUCCGGCCAUCCUGCUGUUGGCCUGGGGGGCUUCUCCCUGGGGUCGCUGGCCGCCGCCACAGGGGCCUCCAACGGCUACCUGAAUGCCUCGUCCCCACUGAUGGCUUCCUCCCUGCUGGCCGCAGAGAAGCUGGGAGAAGGGGCCAAGGACGUGGUGGAGAUUGCUGUGCCCGAGAAUCUGGUGGGCGCCAUCCUGGGGAAAGGCGGGAAAACGCUGGUUGAGUACCAGGAGCUGACGGGAGCUCGUAUCCAGAUCUCCAAAAAGGGAGAGUUCAUACCUGGCACGCGGAACCGUAAAGUUACCAUAACAGGGUCACCCGCGGCAACGCAAGCCGCCCAGUAUCUGAUCAGCCAGAGGAUCACGUAUGAGCAGGGUGUGCGUGCCACCAACCCACAGAAGGUGGGCUAAAUGGGGGAAAAAGGAUGUAAUAAAGGAAAGAUGGAGACAGAGAAAAGUAAGGGAAUCAAGGGUCACGGAGAGGGGAAAAAACGUCCAAAUAUCCAUUCAAUAUUUCAGUAUUAAAAAGAGAAGGUGACAAAGAAGGAGGUGAGGCAGAGAGAAAACCGGGAUACGUGUGUGUGAUAUGUGAUUGUGUUUUUAGGACUGAGGUUGUGAUGUUUUUUAAAAGUGGUGUCGAGUCCUUUUGAUGACGAGUAAAGCUGAACUGGUCCACUGCCAAGCAGCAGAGUCAGGGGUGAGUCCACACGAUUUCACCCCCUUCAAAAACCUCACAGCUGGGUUUGUUUUUGGAUUUCGUUCUCUUCCGAUUUUCUUUUCUUUGGCUGUGUUGAUUUUUCAGCUUCAGUUGUAGAUCUCCGCUCCCGGUGAGUUGAGGUUCCGGACAGGCUUAAAGAGCAGAGAUAGCGUUUUGCUCAUGCCUUUUUGCUUUGAUGUUAACCUCGCUCCAUGUGAACAAAGCAAAAGGCCUUGUUUACAUGAGAGAGGUAAAAUGACGAGCACCAGAGGUCAUCCAAUACCAUUUGGCAACCAUUUUAAUCUAAAUUCUUAAUGGAUAUCAGAAUAUUAAUGACAUGCCACUGUAUGGUUCAUAUCAAAAUUGAGGUUUUAACAAUUUGGUUGUUAUCCUUUUUAUUUUCCUCAAUUAUUUAUUGAAAUAUGGUCUCAUUCAAACACACAUAUAGAUGAUUUAAACCUGUGAAUUCGGGUUAAUAUGAAUGUAAAGACAUUAUUAUUGUUAUUUUGUUAUUAACGAGGAUCAAAUUUUGAGUUGCAGUGACAGAUAUGUAUAGUUUUCACCCAGAACUGCACAGGACUAGUGUAGAUCAGGGGUCAAACGUUCAAUGUGAGAGGAUAGAGACACGCAGGAAUGUACACAUACACAGGAACAGACACACAUUCAUACAUGUUUACCGCCACCCACAUACACACCACUUUUGGUGCUACGAAAACAUAACUACAGAUCUCUAGGCCUAUAUUACCUGUAUCACCUAAAUUGAAAAUCCCUUUGGAGAUUGCUCUCCCUCUCCUUGAUUGUAAGAUGCCAAGCAUUGUUCACUUAUCUGUAGUUUACGGGAUCUAGUUCUGCCUUUAUGUAAGCGAAGACUGGAUUUCAUGCUAUGUUGAAGGUCAGUCUUAAUAUUUGACCCCACUAGUUCUCCUUCAGCUGCCAUGGCAAACUGUAUCGUGUACCACCGUGGACAGUUUAGAUAACGUAGUUACUGAUUAAAAAUUAUUUUUAUCCUAUUGUCAUGAAUUAGCCCGGUACUUUGAGUUCGCCAGCCAAUAUUGCGCCUUGGGACAUGCUCCUAUGUAGAAAUUUGAAUACUCCCCCAUGGGACGGAGCAUCAUACCCGAGAGGGAAGACAGCACUAUACAGAGCUUGGUAUCUUACAUUACCUUUUCAAUUGAAGAAUCUAACCGGAAGAGUCCCGAAGGGAACAAAGCACUACAAAGCAGUCUUGUUAAGAAAAGCAGUAUUGAACGUUAUCUGUGAGCGAGGAGAUGAUUGCUUUAUAUCAGAAUGGCUGGUAGUCAAGAGAGACACUAAUGAGAAAGAAAUUGACUCACCAUGAAACAUUUGGAGUUUUCUGUGAACCAUUUUUCUCAACCAGAGUCAAUACCAAUAUGGAGUCAAGCAGUUUAUGCAGGUGGUUAGUCCAACCUGUUAUCUUGCCUAAAGCAGACAUUGACGCUAGCUUACAUUGGCAGUAGUGCAUAAUGCGUUGCCCAAACAUUUAUCUGACAUUCUGUAAGGAUAAUUGUUUGGCAAAACGCAGGGAGGGUAAUUGUCUUCUAGAACAUUCUCAAACACAAAGAUUAACCUUGCUUGCUUCUGCGCUGCUAUCCAUUGGUUUUCAUCCGAGUACACUGGGUCUCUUAUGACUGCACUGUGAGACACAACAAAGACACAACGCAAAGUGUGUCUGUCCCUUCUUGAGCCAAGGGAUCAUAUUUUGAAGUACAUAUCCAGGAUAUAGGCCUACAGCUGGUGCACUUACAUCGCAUGUUCUAGAGCAGGGAUGGGCCACACCAAUCCUCGGGGGCUUCUUCCCCAUCCCUAGCAAACACAGCUGAUAAAACUAAUUACAUUGUAAACUGAAGAUCAUGAUUAGUUGAUUAUUGGAGUCAGGUGUGUUAGCUGGGACAAAAGUGUGACACCAAUCAGGCCCCAGAGGACAGGAGUUGCCCAUCCCUGUUCUAGAGCAAAACCAGCUGAGCAGCGAGAUAAGGAACAGUUCCACAAGAACAUCCAUAAUGUGAUGUCUUGGAGAUAUUUUGGUUUACCAAUAAUAUUGCACAACAGAGAGCUGCUACUGGAGGUUUUUUCUACUGAUCAGUCCAGAGUCAUCAGUCAACCAUAGUGUCUUUUAUUAAGGUCUGUGCUAACCGGGAUCCUUGGCAUGUCCCUAACCCAUUGAAGUUGAAAUAAAAAAUGGUAAGGGUUAAGGUAAGUGUAGGGGUUAGGGUAGGGACAUCCCAAGGAUCCCGAAUAGCAAUGACCCUUUUAUUAACCCAAAUGACUCCUAUGACAUUUAUUUUUCUCCAUUGCAGUCCCUGUAUCCUAUUCUGACCCUCUUUUCCAUUUCACAAAUGUAUCCAUAGACUUAUGUAACCAGAGCUCUGGGAUCGGCUUCCAAUAAUACAGGACCGGGAACGAUAGUGUCAGAGAAAGAAACAGCAGCACUCCCUUUUCAGUGAAAUGACGAGGCUCCUUCUUGAGACAGAAUUGACCUUUACCCCACCUUACUAACAACUCUAUGUUUGAGCGCUCCGCAUGGCACCAGCCACGAGCCCCAUUACCUUGACUCACUGAAUACACGUUUCUCUUUCAUUGUAUUUCUGACAGGAUGUGCUGUGACUUUUAAUAGUAGUCAACGGCACACUAGUUACUUGAAAUGAAAUGGCACUCCAGUUAAAAUAUCUGUAACUUCUUUCACCUGUGGGGUUCAAAACCUUCAUAUUUUAGCCCUAACCUCACAACAUUUUAAUGCUGAUUUAAAAUACAAGCACAAAUCAAGGUGGAUUUAAUAAUAGAAGCAAUGCAACUACGCUUGGUUUAGAGAGAGACUACUCCAGAGCUGUCUGAUUUGUACACUGUACCAACCCCUCUCUCUCCAUUCAUUACUUUUCCUCCUCUUUCUUUAGACAUUUCCCCACCCUACAUAUGCUCUUUUUGGUCUAUUUUAAAGCUCCUAUAUAGAGAUUACCUUUUCUCUCUCCUCUGCACUGCUCCCCUCUCUCUCAUUCUUUCUGUCUUUACUACUCAUAGGCGCUGACAUCUGGGAGUUGCAGGGAGUGCCGAAGUGAUUGAAAGGAGUUAUGCACUAUAGGUCAUAAGGGUAUGCAAAUAUUUUCACAGCCCAUAGAGUUCACCAGUCAAAAAUGCACAGAUAUCACCUGCCUCCAAACUGUGACAACCCACAAGACCAACCAGCAACAUUGGUUCAAACUUCGGUAUCAAAUUCCCCACUAAAAGAAGAACACGUAGGAUUUAGACAGGCUUACACCGUGAUCUAUGACCUUCUAGGGGAAGGGAAAGCAAAAUAGGAAGGCGAAUCUUGGUUGAAUGAGAAAAUGUCUGUUGGUUGACCAAACAGAGCUUCUAUUUCAGCCUCAUAACAAAAGAAAGCAGGAGUUUAUUAAAAAAAAGUAAAUGAGAGAGAGAGAGAAAGGUGGGAACUCGUUCGUGACCUCAUGCUGAAACAGUGACAUCCUUUAUGCAUAUCCUCUUAUCUGAAAAAUGACUAGAAAUUCAUUUCUGUGGAAUAUGUCAUGUCAACAUGAUCUAUAUGUACUUAAUUGUAGCUAUUCUAGUUUGUAGUCCAAAUGCAGUCCAGCGUCGUCGAUACAAUGUGAAACUCUAUGUUAUCUUUGUGUGGAUGAUGAAGAGUGCCAACUAACCCUGAUUAAGAUUAGCUUUGCGAUUUGUUUGUGCAUUACGAUGACUCAUCAUCGACAGGUGGCGUUCAUAUUUCUGUUAUUGAUGAUUUAGUUUGACCGUAAGAAAAAUUUAAAGAAUAUUGGAAGCAAUAUAGUAGCAUGUUGUCCUGUUUUGUGUUUUUAUUAUGUCUAUUGUAUGAACCUUUGAAAUUACUAAGAUUUUGAAUGAAUAGGUUUACAUGUACUUUUUGUAAGUUAUGAAAAUGCUGCUAUUUGAUAAGUAAAAUAUAAAAAAAUAUUUUAGUUGAAAAUAUGUCUGGUCUGUUGAUAAGAAACAUGCUCUAAAAGACAGGGGCGUAAAACGAGGUGUAUAGAAUACUAUACAGUAUUGGUAAGAUAGUAACAGUAAUAAUUGUACCUGUGCCAAACUAGACCUCUGCAGCUUCUGAAAUUGUAGAUGUGCGAUCAAAUGUUAGAUAUCAAUAACUUGUUUAGAAGUGCUGAUCAAGUGCCAAUCAAACAAUGUUUUUCAGUUAAGAAAAGAUAAUCGUGUACAUUACUUCAGAAAACGAUGGACAAAUAACUAUUUUGUGCAUUGUUUUACCCCAUAGCUACAUAGAGUAAGAGAUAAAGAUUGUGAUUUUUAUGGAUCCAUGUUGUUUUACACUCCAUGCAUCCCCUGUGUGUUCGUUUGACCUGUGGCUUAAGCACUGCUGUUUUUCACAAAUGUCUCUAUAGGCCAGCAUGGACUAAGCAUAACAUGUUAUAAGCAUUCAUAACAUAGUCAUUAACAAUCAGACAAAAUGUGUUUCGUGGAGUUAGGUGUUAUCUUUUUGCACGUCUUCUAUUGCAUGGUAUCAAAGUGAAAAAUUGAGGGAGAAAACUAAAUGGAAAAAAAUAAUUUCUCGCAACAUUCAAAGACAUAAAGUUGCAUGCAGUCAGUUGUAGAACACCUAAGUUAAAAUCACCUCAUAUUUAAAAUGUUUCAUGUCGUAAGUUGGGAGGGAGCCCAUUAUUGUCAUGUUGGCCCAAAUACAACACAUUUCAGAUCAAAUUCUCAUACAGUCCAUCUCUUUAUAUUCUAACAGACCAGGUUUUAUUUUCUUAAGGUACCAUAAGGAGUAUUACAAAUGUGAAACAAGCAAACGCGAAAAUGUUAUUCAGUGUUAUUCUUGAGUUUUGCUUUCUAGAAUACCAGGCAUUUUUUAAAUCAGGUUAAACCUCACAAAACCUGUGUAAUAUUUUUUAAAGAUUUUUUGUACCACAGUUUGAAUGCCCAAAUCUAAUCUAUGAAUGUAAUCCCAUUUGCUAAUUUUUUCAGUUGAAUGUUUAUCAGUCUUUUAAUGUGAAUUCAGGGCUGGAAUUUCAACUACAUGUAGAGUUAAGAUAUUAUGUCAAGAACCAAUUUCAGCUAUAGUCAGGUAGGCCAUAGUCAUAACCCAGAUAUGUUUUAACAACACUUCCAAUUCACUGUCAACAUUGUCCUGUUUGUUUGGUGUUGCAUAAAUGCACUUUACUGAUCAAUGGGUCAUACCUUUUUACAAAAUUCCAUCUCCUGUUAUUGGAUGUGAAACAAAGCAAACCAUGUUAACGUUCAGCCGUUUUUGUCAUUCUUUGCUGUUGCUCUGAUAUUGUUUGUUGAGGGGGUUUUUUCUGAUCUUUUUGGGUCUCUGUGUAUCAGACUUCUCUGAAAAGGUGGCACCCGAGUCCACAUAAUAUGGUUUAUCCAUUUCCUUUUGAAAAUAUUUGUGUAAAUCACAAUGAGCGAAUCUUCUUUAAAAGAGGGAGAGGGAAUUUAGAGUGGAGCUGUUCCAUCUUGUCAUGUUGCAUUCUGCUGCCUUGAAGUCUAGAGGGCGGAAGUAUUUUUAUGAACAAAUUGGCAUUGAAAGCACGGUAAACCUCAUACAAUGUCUCUAUGUGGUGUUAUCAGAGAGUACAUGUUUGUUACGUUACAGAAUGCAAUCCCAAGGUCUUGCUGAUAUAAUUUUAGAUGGGAGACAAAUACAGCACCAGCAAAAUUUGAUUGCCUCUGUCAUACCGCUGUCAGUGUUGGUGGAUUGGACAACUCAACCUGUAAGAACCCUGUGUAACCUAAAGCUACUUUACCAAUGCAUGCUAUAACUUUCUGUCUCCUCCUUCUGCCAUGCACUGCUACUAACCCCCACCACCCUUCUAUCCCCUCCACUACUGAGUGCCAAACUAAGUCAACACCAUUCCAAACCUUCAGUUGUUUUAAAUAUAAUGUAGUCUGGACAUGCAUCUGACCCUCCAGGAUCUUCCUAAGGGGGAUUCUAUCGAACUAUCAGACAGGACUAAGCCGGUUAGGCUGCUUGCCCCCUCUUCUCCUCAACUCUCUCCAUCAUCUUUUCAGCCUACAUGACAUUAUGAUUAUGUGUGCUGUUGUGUCUGGCACCUGUCAUUGUAUUCACCCAUUGAAUGGAAAAUUAUUCUGAGCCCAUUCCUCUGAAUAGUGGGAGAAAGACAGGAUUUUUACCAACCAGCCACGACGCCAUCUCUUAUCUUUGACCCUCCCAUGAACUAAGUUGACCUUAUCCACCCUUUGCGUGCUCAUCUGCGUGUUUGGAUUAUUUUGACCCCAGAUUUAUUGCCAAAAUUUGCUGAGACUACAACUGUAUGAAUUUUUAUUUGGUUUUAAUUGUUUUCUUGUCAUCCGGACAAUUCUGCAGGGUUGAAGCUAACAAAUCUUGUCUGAAAAAAGCAUGACAAUGCCCUGCACACCUCUUCGGCUCCAUUGUAAAUAUUAUUUUUGGGUUAGUUUUUAAUUUUAAUUUUGUAAAAAAACAUGUUUUUCCAUCUUACGAAAUGGACUGUCAGCAUAUGUAAUAUGUUAUCCUAAACUUAAAAGAGUUGGGUCAAUUGGAAUGACUCUGGUGUCUAUAUUGAGACAGAGAAGAUACCAUUUCAAAGUCCAGGCCUCACUUGUCCUUUGACUGAAGCAUUUGCUUCAAUGCCUUUACACAGACACAGUCUCAAUCUUAAAGAUACAAGGGCAACAUUGUAUUUUCUUGUGCACGGGUGAGAGCCUUUUAUUGAGACAUUUGCCAAUACGGGUGCCAAAUGAAAUCGGCACUGAGCCAAAAGCCAGCCAGCCUAUACACUGAAGCUGUGGUAGCAAUGGGAUGGUUCACUCCCCAAUCCCAUAUCCCCCCCAAAACACUUAAUUGUUUGACAUUUGACUUGACAUGUCACUAUAUUCUAUGCUGCCAGUCAAUUUCCUGCUUUCCUCAGUGAAACAUCUCAGAAGCAGUUCAUUUUACAACAUUACACUGUUGAUCAAUGACAACAGCAACUAUCAAAAGGGAAUGAAAGUGUAUUUUUAUUAUCAGUUUAUCUGAGCAUCAUUCAUUAAUAGAUUUAAGGGUAAUGACUAUUUAAUGUAACUGUAGUAUUGUGUUUGUAAAGAAGAAAAAAAAAUCGGUGAGUUGUGUUUGAUGACUCGUGGACUACCAGUGAAGUCAGCAUUUCAGUGUUAAUAUAUUGAAUUGUUUUUUAAAGAUUAUUUUUGCGACAGCAACAGCAACAAAGAGUCAUUAUAAAUGUUCAUUUUAGCAUCACUUGUCUUCUGUUCCUUUAUUCUCCUCCACCUCUACUCUCUGUCACAUUGGAGUGAAAGGUCUUGAGUUGAUUAAAGUUCAUGCGAUAUGC